AUGGUGUUCCGAUCCCCUCUAGAGCUUUAUCCCACCCAUUUCUUCCUGCCGAACUUCCCUAGCGACCCGCACCACCACCACCGCUCGCUGCUCCUGGCCAGCAGCGGCAGCAGCUCCGGAGCUGGAGGAGGCGGCUGCGGCAGCGGUGGCAGCGGCAGCGGCGGCAGCAGCAGUGCCGCCACCGGGUGCAGCGCCGGAUCGGCCGGUGGCGGUGGCGGAGGAGGAGGUGCCUCGCGAGGGGCCCCGGAAGAACUGUCCAUGUUCCAGCUGCCCACCCUCAACUUCUCCCCGGAGCAAGUGGCCAGUGUCUGCGAGACGCUGGAAGAGACGGGCGAUAUCGAGAGACUGGGCCGGUUCCUGUGGUCCUUGCCGGUAGCACCCGGGGCUUGCGAGGCCAUCAACAAGCACGAGUCCAUCCUGCGCGCCAGGGCGGUGGUGGCCUUCCACACAGGCAACUUCCGAGACCUCUACCACAUCCUCGAGAACCACAAGUUCACCAAGGAAUCACACGGCAAGCUCCAGGCCAUGUGGCUGGAAGCCCACUAUCAGGAAGCCGAGAAGCUCCGAGGACGCCCCUUGGGGCCGGUCGACAAGUACCGCGUCCGCAAGAAGUUCCCCCUGCCCCGGACCAUCUGGGACGGCGAGCAGAAGACCCACUGCUUCAAGGAGCGGACUCGCAGCCUCCUCCGGGAGUGGUACCUCCAGGACCCCUACCCCAACCCCAGCAAGAAAAGGGAACUGGCCCAGGCCACCGGCCUCACCCCCACGCAAGUGGGCAACUGGUUCAAGAACCGCAGGCAGCGCGACCGGGCGGCGGCAGCCAAGAACAGGCUCCAGCACCAAGCCAUCGGACAGAGCGGCAUGCGGUCCUUGUCGGAGCCCGGCUGCCCGACCCACAGUUCGGCCGAGUCUCCCUCCACGGCGGCCAGCCCCACCACCAGCGUCUCCAGCUUGACGGAAAGAGCCGAGACGGGCACCUCGAUCCUCUCGGUAACCUCCAGCGACUCAGAAUGUGAUGUAUGA